UCAGCCCUUCUGGGGGCCACCUAGGCUUAGCUCGGUCUCUAUGGCAACCGCCGCGGGGGGGCCGGGCGCUCAGCGGAGGCUGAUCCCGCCCGCCGCGCCGACCCGGCAGCGCCUCCCGCCUGCCCCGCUUGUCACUUCGGAGUCUGCAGCCGGGCGCGCGCACCGCCCGUGGCACCGGGCUUCCCGCCGAGCGGCCCGGCCCGGCCCGGGUAAAAGAACUGGGCAAGCAUGUCGCUGGCUUCCUGGUUCAGGUGGAAUGAGCCACCGAGCCGGAUUUCCCAAAGGAACCCCACAGAGAUGGUGGUGGAGACACUAAUGAUGGAACUAGGCUGGCAGAUCAAGCAGGCAGAGAAACAGCAACGAGAGCGAGAGAAUGAAUAUCGCAAGAUAAAGACGGGCGUGGACUACGGCUGGCUGGUUAGCUACCCAAAGCCUAAGCACAGCUAUGACAUCAGCCCAGGGGAGCGGCUGCAGCUGGAGGACAUGUGCACCAAAAUACAUCCCUCCUACUGUGGGCCAGUCCUACUCAGAUUCCGGCAACUUAUUGCUGAAUAUGAGCCAGAGGUACAGGAAGUAGCCCGACUCUUCCGCUCUGUUCUGCAGGAAGCCACUGAGAAAAUCAAAGAGGAAGAAGAGGCCAAGAAGCUUGCGAGGCAGUGGAACACAAAGCACAAAACCAGCCUGUCUCUAAUGACAUUUAAAUCCCGGACCAGGAUUUCCCCAUUCAGCAGCAACAUCAAGACCAUUUCAGAGGACGUGGAGCGAGGCACUGAGCCAACCAGAAGAGUAUGGAGUAUGCCGGAGUUUAGGAGUGCCAAGGAUUACUGACUAUUAAUAACCAGAAUGAGAUUUGAGAGAGAGCUGGUUUGGUUUUUAAAGAAUGAGUCAACCACUAUCUAGCCAUGUGUUAUUCACCUUCAUCCCAGUUCUCUCUCUUUCUGUCCGCCUCUGUCUGUCUCUCUCCUGGGAGCUGUGGCUAUAGUGACAGAUGGUGAUGCACAUAGUCUCUGUCACCUAUCAUAUUAGCUUUGGCUAUAAUUUAGUGGUUUACAGUAACUUGAUGGUCAUUUCUUAUUUCAGUUUUAUUGUUUCUGCUCAUUGGAGAACAGUUUGGUGCAUGGUGCAUUACCACCACCCUCCCAGCCUUCUACAUGGCUGUCUGCAAAUGCAGUGCACCCAACCACGUGAGACUUGUAACCCCAUUGCAUUAAAUGGGAUUACUCAUGUGAACAUGCAUCAGUAAGGGUUGCAGGAUCUGACCCACUAACUCAGGGUCCCUGAUUUAGCUGUUUGAGACAGACACUAAACUCUAUUCAUCUCAGUUCUAUAGCGAAGCCUCUUAAAUCAACACUGAUUCCAGCAUAUUUCCACUCAGUUUGAUUGUAAAAUAAUCUGUCUCUUCAUGCAAAAUAGAUGACAAACUUCCUAGAAUGAGGGUCACAUUUUUCAUAGCAGCCAAUUUUUGCAUAGAAUUGUGGAUGCUCAGUUUUAUGCAUGCACACUUUUUUGCAUGUGCAGGUCAGUCAGAUGUCGAACUACCAGCUUUGCAGACACGUGCCGUCUGCAUGCACAAACAUAGACUCUGGCACGUGUAGAUACUGCACACAUACAAGGCUGUGUGUGCACAUUUGAGCUCCAUUAAA